CAGGACGAGGAGCAGAGCUGCUCCUGCCGCUGCAGGUGGAGGAGAGCUUUUCCCCCUCCGCCUCCUCCUCCGCCUCCGGAGCUUUGGAAGCGCGCUCGGCUCUUCGCCGCGGAUUCCUCCCAGCGUGCUCCUCCUCCUCUUCUUCCUCCGCACUUUUCCUUCAGCGGCGCCGCCGGAGCAGCGUCCCUGUUCUCCUCAGAACCUGGAUCAGACUCUGAAUCUAAAGAUCCGGAACAGAAGGAAACUUUAGGAGAGCAAGGAACAGGUGGGACAGGAGCCCAAGAAACACAACAACAACAACAACAACAACAACAGCAACAACAUCAUCAGCAGCAGCAACAGCAGCAGUUGAGUGAAGAAGAGCACCAGAAUGCAUUAGAACAAUUUGCUGGUGUUGCAGGCCACAGCACUCCUGUGAAAAAAGAGCAGGCCACUGACAAAGAACGUGAAUUUGCUGCUGCAGCAGCAAAACAACUGGAAUACCAGCAGUUUGAAGACGACAAGAUAUCGCAGAAAUCAUCCUCCAGCAAACUCUCCAGGUCUCCUCUAAGGAUUGCCAAAAAGCCAAAAAGCAUGCAGUGCAAAGUGAUCCUUCUGGAUGGUUCAGAAUAUGGCUGUGAAGUGGAGAAACGCUCCAAGGGCCAGGUGCUGUUUGACAAAGUGUGUGAACACUUAAACCUCUUAGAAAAAGAUUACUUUGGUCUAACAUACCGAGACAUGGAAAACCAAAAGAAUUGGUUGGACCCAUCCAAGGAAAUAAAAAAGCAGAUCCGAAGUGGUGCUUGGCAUUUCUCAUUUAAUGUGAAAUUCUACCCUCCUGAUCCUGCCCAACUUUCUGAAGAUAUUACCAGGUAUUACCUCUGUCUACAGCUAAGAGAUGACAUUGUUUCUGGACGACUGCCAUGUUCUUUUGUUACACUCGCACUUCUGGGUUCCUACACAGUUCAGUCAGAGCUUGGAGAUUAUGAUCCUGAUGAGUAUGGAAGUGAUUAUGUCAGUGAAUUUCGCUUUGCACCAAAUCACACAAAGGAACUGGAAGAUAAAGUAAUAGAGCUUCAUAAAAGUCACAGGGGAAUGACACCAGCAGAGGCUGAGAUGCAUUUUUUGGAAAAUGCCAAAAAAUUGUCCAUGUAUGGAGUAGACCUUCACCAUGCAAAGGAUUCUGAAGGUGUUGAAAUCAUGUUAGGGGUUUGCGCAAGUGGCCUUUUGAUAUAUCGUGACAGAUUAAGAAUAAACAGGUUUGCUUGGCCCAAGGUUCUCAAAAUUUCAUACAAGAGAAAUAACUUCUACAUCAAGAUCCGACCAGGUGAAUUUGAACAAUUUGAAAGCACAAUUGGGUUUAAAUUGCCCAAUCAUCGUGCUGCAAAGCGUCUAUGGAAAGUAUGCGUUGAGCAUCAUACGUUUUUCAGGCUCCUGCACCCAGAGGCUCCUCCCAAAAAAUUCCUUACACUGGGCUCUAAGUUUCGCUAUAGCGGAAGGACACAAGCCCAGACAAGGCGAGCCAGUGCCCUCAUUGACCGCCCUGCACCUUACUUUGAGCGUUCAUCAAGCAAACGGUACACUAUGUCUCGCAGCCUAGAUGGGGCAUCAGUGAAUGAAAAUCAUGAAAUAUACAUGAAGGAUUCUAUGUCUGCUGCAGAGGUUGGUACUGGCCAAUAUGCCACAUCAAAGGGCAUCUCUCAAACCAACUUGAUAACCACUGUGACGCCCGAGAAAAAGGCAGAAGAAGAGAAGGAUGAGGAGCAAAUUAGAAAAAAGAAAGCAGAAGAACUCACUCCAAUUUCAGCCAAGCCAUCUUUGCUGGGCACUGGCUCAUUACCUCCCUCACCAUCCUCACAAUCUGGUCCUUUUGCAUCUUCAAUAAAGCUCCGUAGGAGAUGUAAGGAGAGUACAUGGAAAGCAUUAGAUUGCGAGUCAUCCAAAAACACUGUUCAAAAACAUGGUGAGGCUGACUUGGACUCUGAUAGAAGAGGAAGAGUUUGCUCAGUUGAGCAUGAUGCAGCAUUUAGCUAUAAGCAAAAACCUGGGAAAGGUGGGACGUUGUUUUCCUUCUCCUUGCAGCUUCCGGAAUCAUUCCCCACUCUCCUGGAUGAUGAUGGUUAUUUAUCCUUUCCUAACCUCUCUGAAACCAACUUUCUGCCACAAAGUGUGCAGCAUUUCCUUCCCAUUCGCUCACCCUCCCUUGUGCCUUGUUUCCUUUUCAUCUUUUUCUUUUUGCUGUCUGCCUCUUUCUCAGUGCCAUAUGCUCUUACUCUCUCCUUUCCUCUGGCUAUGUGCCUCUGCUACCUGGAGCCCAAGGCGGCCUCCUUGAGUGCUUCCCUUGACAAUGACCUGAGUGACAGUUCAGAGGAAGAGACGGACAGUGAAAGGACAGAUACUGCAGCUGAUGGUGAAACCACUGCCACAGAGUCUGAUCAGGAAGAAGAUGGUGAUCUCAAGACACAGAAUAGUCUGAUUAAGCGCAUAAAGGGUGAAAAUGUGUAUGUCAAACAUAGUAAUCUUAUGUUAGAGGAACUAGAUAAAAACCAAGAGGACCUGAUGAAACACCAGACCAAUAUAAGUGAGCUGAAAAGGACAUUCUUGGAAACCUCCACAGAUACCACAGGGGCCAAUGAAUGGGAAAAAAGACUUUCAACAUCACCAGUUCGGCUUGCUGCAAGACAUGAAGAAGCUCCUAUGAUUGAACCACUUGUGCCUGAAGAAACCAAAGAAGAAAGAGAAAAAUCUGAAAAGCGUAUAUUUUUGCAGAAUGAAAGUACUACAUUCCUUGAUUCUCAGGGCACUGAGGACUGGGUUAUUGUAGACAAAGUACCCAUUGAGGUAGUUGAUGGUGAAUCGAAAACCAUUGUGACAUACAAAGUAACGACCGUGAGCAGUAAAACUGGUGACAUCCCAGCUGAUUUUUCAAAGACCAGUGCCACUGACAUACAGAGCUUUGUGGACUUGGAAAGUGAAUUGCAAUCAAAAGAUGACUAUAAGCAGAAAAUGUACACCUUAGGAAAAUCCUACGACACUGUCUCUGGGAAAAUUGUUACUAUGACCACUAAAGUAAAAGAGGGAGAAAAAGUGGUACCAUCAUCUCUUGAAGCAUUUCAAAAAAUGGAAAUGCAAGUGCCAGAAUCUGUGAAAAUCAUUCCAGUAGUAGCAGAAUAUGAAAUUCUAGAACCAGUUACUGAUGAGAAAGCCAGAAGGUUAUCUGAUGCAAAAAGAAAAGUAUCUGAAUCGUUGACACCCAUUAAGGAGACAGAUUCACGGCUGCAGAGUCCCGAAGAGGAAAUUGUGAAGAAAACAUUAAAGAUGGACCAGGAUUUGCAAUUGUGUGAUGGAGCAGGGAGCGUGCAGAUUACCAGAGCUGAAAAACCUCUGGAAAGUGAAAGACUCAAAGGAGAGGCAUUUGGUCGGAAAGAUAAAAGUAUAUCUGAGUGGAAAUAUUCCAGAGAACCACCUUUUACCAUUGCUACUGCUCACUAUGUUACUGAAUCAACAGCCUCAAGAGUAGUGAAAAAGCAACUCUCCAGUGAAAAAUCUUUGGAUGGUUCUGAUAUCUUCACUUUAAUAGAGUCUGCAAGAAAACCAACUGAGUUCAUAGGAGGGGUUACAUCUACUUCACAUAGCUGGGCACAGAGAACAGAAGCAAAGUCCAGUCAAGAGAUACACCCUGGUGAAAAGCCACCCAAGGAAGAGCAGAAGCUACAACAGCAACAGGAGGCUGUAAAGAAGGUUGUGCAGGGAACCGUAAUUGUGGAGGAAAAACAUGUGAUGAGUGCGCAUGCAAGUGGGGAUGCUGCUAAAUUGGCUGCCAUUCAGCUGGGUGCUACAGCAGAGGCAGUAUCUCAUGUGGCCUCUAGCAUCCAAGGGAAGGAGGGCCAUGCUGUGACUGUGGGGGCUAAGGAGGAAAAAAAGCAAGAGGCUGAAAAAGCUGUAACCAAACAGAAAGGAACUGUUACUGUUUCUCAUGAGCAUGUGGAGGAGAAGCAGAGUACAACAGCCCAGGUUUUGGAUGUGCAAGACAGAAAACCUCAUUUUGAGUCACCAAUUGUGAAGACCGAAGCAAUAAGUUUCGGCAGUGUUUCUUCAGGUGGGGAGAAGAUGGAAAUUUCUAUGAAAGAAGUCCCUGUCGUCCACACUGAGACAAAAACCAUUACAUACGAAUCAUCUGAGGGGGAUCCCAGUGCUGACUCUGAACCAGGGGUUCUGAUGAGUGCACAGACAAUCACAUCUGAAACUACCAGUACUACAACUACAACCCAUAUCACCAAAACAGUAAAAGGAGGCAUAUCAGAGACAAGAAUUGAAAAACGAAUAGUGAUCACAGGCGACGCAGACAUUGAUCAUGAUCAGGCGCUGGCUCAGGCAAUUAAAGAGGCCAAAGAGCAGCACCCUGACAUGUCAGUGACCAAAGUAGUGGUACAUAAAGAGACAGAAAUCACACCAGAAGAUGGGGAAGAUUGACCACAGGAGUAAUGUACAUUUCUUACAACCAUCAUAUACAUCAUUGGGAAUACAGAAGCCUACAUGGAGUCACAGUUAUAACCCAGCAGGCUUGCAUUUCUCCUGAGAAAUUUUCAGUGUGGAAGAACCAGUCGAUUGCUACUAAGGACACUGGCAGAAAUAUUGUCCCAUUUACAGCAAUCUGAUUCAGCAUUAGUAACCCAAUAUUUGCAUGAAGCAACAAAUUACAAAAAGCAGCAUUUUAAUUUUUCUUAACAACAUUUCCAUCUAUACCUGCACGUUCAGCAACGAUAUAAAACAAUGAACUCAUGCUACACAUAAAGCAGUUCAUGCCUUCACACUUAUCAAAAGUCUAAGUCACAGUUUCUUAGCAGCAAAACUUUUGUUUAGGGUAAGAGCACCCUGAAAUGCUAGAGGCUGUAUAGAUACUGUGUAUAAUGUUUUAUCACGUUAGAUGUGCCAAUAACUCAUUUUAUUCAGUAAACAAACUUGAAUCUUACACUUGUUUUCAUCUGGUUUUAUCACUCUUGUCCAAUAAACAAUGGUGGGACUCUAAUCUUAUUUAAAUGCUUACAAAAUGUGCUUUGUUUACCUGAUUUGAAACCUUUAAUAGAGAAUUAUUAUUUUAGCAUUGGUCAGAGUUUCAAAUUAGAAAUCUUGCAGUCACCCUUUUACAAAUCCUCAUGCUAUAAAGUACACUGUGGCUAUUUUAACAAAAAUGUGUGUUUUCAUUAACAUUUCAGAAGUAUUUGGCAUAACGUUAAAAAACUAUUUCUUUCUCUUCUCAUAAAAAAGUUUUUUUCACAAAUCUGGUCAGUGUUUCCUAUCUAGGUCGGAGUUAAGCCUUAAACUGUACAGAACACCUACUAAAACAUUCUUUGAUAUUGGUUAUCACUUCCAUUCAAAAAUGAUGUCUUCAUUACACUGUCAGUCACAUCACAACACAUGGUGAAUGUAUGUUUCUGCAUUGUGAAAUAAAAGUGGUAAAUGCACCCAAAUUUGUAUUGGUUUAUGUCUAAAAAUAACCCUGUAUUCGAACUUUAAUACUAUUUGUAUAAUAGUAAAGGUAUUUUAAUGUGGAUGUACUUCUAAUGAGCUAGAAUAUGAUACUUAGGCAGGUAUGCAUAGAAAGGCAAUGAGACUGAAAAAAAUGUUGUGUAGACAAAUACCUUCUUGUACAAUUGUGUACAUACAAUAGUGCCCUCUAAAUUCUUCUGUAUUAUAUGGCUGUGUAAUGUGUGUCCUAUAAACUAAACAAAGAACAUGAUCAAUUAACUAUUUGGGAUAUUAGCUUGAAAAAAUAUUUUAUAUUCUAAAUCAAGAAAGAAUUGUUUCAAGAAAUUAUUUAGAUACAAUCUAGAACUAUGUAAAUGUUCAUUCAAAGAGAAAAAUUAAAAAUGUGUUUCGUGCUUUCCCACUCUAAUCAGUGGGUCUUAAAAGUAGUUAAAUUGGUCUUUGCUAUUUUGAUUUAGAUAAUCAUCAGUAGUUCACUUAUGAUAUUUUUUGUAAAGAGAAAAUUUAAUAGAAUACAUUAUAUAGACCUUUGAAAAGCAUAAUAAAUAAUCAGAAGUGUUCAUUUUUAUGGUGAAGACCAAGCGUUCAUCAAAUUUUGAACUGGCGCUUCUGUGAAGAAAGACUAUUUAGGAUAGAUUUAGAGGAAUACAUAUUUUUAAAGAAUAUAUAUAUAUAUAUAUAUAUAUAUACAUAUAUAUAUCAAGAAAAACAAAUCUAUAGAAAAAAUAUAAACACGACAGCUGUAAUCUGGUAGUUCUUCGCAAAUGUGGAACUUCAGGACCUGUUUCAAUUUUUAGUCUCAUCCAAAGGUUCAUUUCAGUAGAGACAACUUUGGCAUAAUGAGGUGCUAAUAUCGUACACUGACUCUCUGAAGACAGGCAGCAGAGGCUACCCAAAAUUCCCUCCAAUUUUAGGGGCAACCCAGAAGUGCCAAAAUGUCCAGUUUAUUUUUAACAUAGACUCUUUUAAACAAGUUGCAGCAGAGGGAAUGCUUCAACUUGUUGAAAAGGAAAUAUUUGACUCUUAAAAACAUCCAGGAAAGGCAAACUGUCCUUGUGUUAACAAGAAAUGUGCAAAGGGGAGAAAAUUAGGAUGAGGAAAUAUGCUUGUUGAUGACCCAACUGGGAUACAUGAACAAUGACACUAUUAACCUGAACACUUACACAGGGCCUGAGCAGGUAACCAACAUAAUUUCUAGUGUCAGAGAGUUAGAAUUACCAUAAAAACAGUGAAUGCAGCAUGUCUAUGAUCAUUUUAUGAAUGAUGAUUCAUAAAAUUGACAUCUCUCUGUUAUUCUAAACUGGGACAACAGUAUGUUAGUGGGUGGCCUUAUAUACAAGCCUGCCAGUGGCUUCAUGCACUUCCAAUUGUAAUGUUGGGUUUUUUACCAUUUCAGUGAGUCCUAUAAAGCUGAGGGCAGCUCCACAAAUCCUGUUUUACUGGAACUCCAGAAAAGCUUUAAAUUUGGGUUAAAGUGAUGUUUUGUCUUUUAGAUGUUCUUGGGACCAUUUCACGUUAACACGGACUUAUUCUAAUAAACAAGUCUCAGUAUUUGUCAGAAUCAGACAGGGGUAUCUUAUACACUUACCUCAGUGAAAUAUUUUAAAUCCCAAACAACUCCCCAAAUUUUGUAACAUAGUAUCAGUCUAAAGAAUUCGUUGUCUUCAAUUAUAAAUACUAGGGAGUAAGCGCCACUAAAUGUAACAGAAUUGUGUUCUGAAUAAAUAUGCAGAGUAUUGUCCUGUAUGUUUUUCAUGUUCUACUCAUACCUGUAAAGCUUGGAUAUCUUCUAUUCUCUUGUGCACGUUCUCUCCCACCUGAUGACUGAUAACAUUACUAUGAUGUUUUUCUUCCUGUUUCACAGAGGUUCCACUGCUAUCAUUUAGGAAGCAGCCCUUAUCCAAUUUUUUUAUUAUUAUUUCUUGUUGAAGAUUUCUUAGCUGUAUAACUGUCAUUGUCACCUGUUAUUUAAUGAACAUUCAGCACUCCUCUCAAGUUUUAUCCUUCUCCAAUUGUAUUAUUUUAGACUAGAAAAUCCAAGUAUAAUUAACCUGUUCAUCUCUGUGCAUGCCAAAAUUGAUCUUUUUAAAAAAAAAAUCUACCUGUGGCAGCUACUAAUGGGAUAGGUGUGCCAUGUUUCUCAGAGUAUUAUCCUCCAAUUCUUCAUAAAGCAUCAAGAAUUUCAUCAAAACGUAUUUCCACCCAAGAAAUAUUUCCUUCAUCAGCCAAACUAAGUAAGUCCUUUGCCAUUAAUUGAUACAUUUAUCCAUGCAUAAGAAAACUAGGUAAAUGGCCAUAUAGGUGGUUCUUAAAAUGUGGCAAAUGUUAUUUUGAAGUGGGUGGUAAGAUGGAAGGAUGGAUUCUCAAAAUCAAGUUAACAACGAAAAGCAUACUGGAUACAACUGCUUUCAAUAAACAAAUCAUAGACCCUCAAAAUCUGUAAUCCUUAAUACAAUAUACGACUAGAGAACCGACUUCUGAAUAAACCUGAAUAAGAUUGUGUUGCACGGUUUACGGAAUAGACAGAAACUUCGGUCAGAGGCUUUUGCUAUGUUGUUUCUAUUUUAGCAUGGCAUACCAAAAUAACAACUCUACCAAAAACUAACAUUGUUUUAUAUGAUCCGUCUAUUUAGAUUGGGUGCUCACUAUUAAAAUAAGAGGUACACAAUGAUGGCUCAAUGUUAGUGAACUUGUUUGACAGUCCCUCUUGGGGGGAACUGUUUUUUUUCAUAGAUUGUUUUGGGGGGUGACUGCUUAAUUCUGUGCCAGAUGAAAUAAAAAGCUCUUGCCUGUUUCUAAGCUGC